UGAAGCAUUUUUCCUUCUUGUACUUAUAUUUUCUGCUUUGAUUAAUCGAUAAAAUGUAGCAAAAAAUAAUAAAUUUAUUAUUCCCCUGAUAAAAGGAGAUUUGGACGGGAAUUCUAUCGCGUAUGCGCAGAAUUAUAAUUUGUUUUCGAUAAGUUUAGUUCGUUUAGUUGGCAGUUGGCACACAGUUGCAGAUCAUUGUUUCAGCGCCUGCAUUGCAGGUGUUUUUCAGGCCAUUUCAGGUCUGCGUUCUCGCAAUUGGGUCAAAAACAUGUCAGGAUACAGAAUGAAAGCCAAUAAGUGUCCUACGGACGAACUCAGCCUCUCAAAUUGUGCUGUCAUUAAUCGUGCUGACUUUCCUGAUGAUGUCAGGCAUAUCGAGGUGACAACUGGACCGAAUCAGCACUACGUUUUUUCCGUAAAAUCUUACGAUGGCAUGCCACGAGGAAAUGUUGGAUUCAGUUUACCACAGCGAAAAUGGGCUACAUUGUCUCUCAAUCAAGAAAUCGAAGUUCGACCAUACUACUUCGACCCAGCUUCCAGCACAGAAUGUCUCUGCACCAUCGUCCUGGAAGCCGACUUUCUUCAGAAGAAAACAACAACACUGGAGCCAUACGACACCGAGCAGAUGGCCAAGGAGUUUCUGCUUCAGUUUGCAGGUCAGGCAUUCACCGUCGGACAGCAGCUGGCCUUUCAAUUUCAGGACAAAAAAAUGCUCGGACUCGUUGUAAAAUCCCUCUUGGCCGCGGAUCUAGCCGCCAUAAGCUCGGGAACAGAGACCAAACCCAAGAAAACGAGAAUUGGUCGAUGUCUGGGAGACUCGACGAUUCAAUUUGAAAAGGCCGAAAACUCGAGUCUGAAUUUAAUCGGAAAAGCGAAGGGACAGGUGGUCCGACAAUCUAUAAUAAAUCCGGACUGGGAUUUCCAGAAGAUGGGAAUCGGAGGUUUGGAUAAGGAAGUCAGUGCCAUUUUCAGAAGAGCUUUUGCAUCUCGUGUUUUUCCGCCGGAAGUUGUCACCCAACUCGGUUGUAAGCACGUGAAGGGAAUUUUGCUUUAUGGCCCGCCAGGUACGGGAAAAACGCUGAUGGCUCGGCAAAUUGGAAAUAUGUUGAAUGCGAGGGAACCGAAAAUCGUGAAUGGUCCGCAGAUUCUGGACAAGUACGUGGGAGAGAGUGAAGCUAAUAUCAGAAGACUGUUUGCUGAUGCGGAAGAGGAAGAGAAAAAACUAGGUCCGAACAGUGGACUACAUAUUAUUAUCUUCGAUGAGAUAGACGCUAUUUGCAAAUCAAGAGGUAGUGUUGCUGGAAAUACUGGAGUUCACGAUACAGUCGUGAAUCAGUUACUAUCGAAAAUUGAUGGCGUGGAUCAAUUAAAUAACAUACUCAUCAUUGGAAUGACUAACAGACGGGAUAUGAUUGAUGAGGCUUUGCUUCGACCCGGAAGAUUAGAGGUCCAAAUGGAAAUCAGUCUUCCCGAUGAACACGGGCGAUUCCAAAUUCUGAAUAUCCACACCGUGCGAAUGAAAGAAUAUAAGAAAAUUUCCGAGGAUGUCGAUUUAAAGGAACUGGCAUCGUUGACGAAGAAUUUCAGUGGAGCUGAAUUGGAAGGCUUAGUCAGGGCGGCACAAAGUACCGCCAUGAAUAGGUUGAUUAAAGCCGCUAGCAAAGUUGAGGUUGAUCCGGCAGCGAUGGAGAAAUUUAUGGUCAGCAGGUCCGACUUUUUACACGCACUCGAAACCGACGUUAAACCGGCUUUUGGUACAAAUGCAGAAGCGAUAGACUCGCUUUUGAUGAGAGGAAUCAUCAACUGGGGAAGACCCGUGGCGGAUAUUAUUGCAGAUGGAAAUUUGUAUAUACAAGAGGCGAGAAACUCGGAAGAUUCGGGCCUCGUUAGUAUUCUUUUGGAAGGUCCACCAAAUAGUGGAAAAACUGCUCUUGCUGCUCAAAUUGCCAAGAACUCGGAUUUUCCCUUUAUCAAAGUUUGCCAACCUCAGGAAAUGGUUGGAUUUACCGAAACUGCCAAGUGUUUGACAAUACGAAAGAUAUUCGACGAUGCUUAUCGUUCACAACUCAGCUGCAUUUUGGUCGACAAUAUCGAGCGUUUGUUGGAUUAUGGUGCGAUUGGUCCGAGGUAUUCUAACAUAACUUUGCAAGCUUUGCUGGUUUUGCUCAAGGCAAAUCCUCCACGUGGUCGAAAGCUCUUAAUUCUCUGCACGACGAGUCGCAGGCAAGUUUUGGAGGAUAUGGAGAUGCUCUCAGCAUUCCGGAAAGUUCUCCAUGUUCCAAAUUUAUCCACUCCAGAUAAUCUUCUUUCAGUUCUCGAGGAAGUUGACAUAUUCUCGAAACAGGAAAUGGCAUCUCUCCACGCAAAAUUGCAGGGAAAACGAGUCUUCAUUGGAAUCAAGAAACUCCUGGGUUUGAUCGACAUGGCUCGACAAGUGGAGCCGAGCUAUCGAGUCUCGAAAUUUCUCCAGGAAUUGGAGGAAGAGGGUCAUCUCGAGUAACAGGAAUUUAGCCGUAAGAAACUAAGUUCUUAUUUCUGCUGCAAUUAAUUCAUAGUCAAUAUUCCUACUAGCGACGACAAGACCGUAUUAUACAUUUUAAAUAAGAAAAGUACAAUGCCUUCUGAAAUAA